AUGAAUCAGAGGAGGAGGAAUGAUCCCUUCAAGUUAGUUGAUGUGGGUCUUGAGAUUGGAACCUUGGUUAGUCCAGGUGAGUUUAUUGUUGGUUGGAGAGGACCUUCCUCUGGGAUUGAAUUUCUAGUGGAUCCUUUUGACAGGACAUGCAAGUUUUGUUUCUCAAGAGAUAUGGCUUUCUCUUUCAGAGGCAGUGUAGAGCAUGCAGUGAUAAAAUGUAAUUUUAAGAUGGAGUUCUUGGUGAGAGAAAUUACUGAGAUUUCUAACUAUAAAGAUUCAUCAGGUUUUGUAAUUAUGUUGCAGCUGGCUUCACCACCCUGGCUUUGGUAUAGAACUGCUGAUGAUGAUGUAUAUGAAACAGUUGCUUUUGAUGUUUUGGAUGAUGAUGAUCCUUGGAUAAGAACCACUGAUUUUACUCCUAGUGGAGCUUUCGGUCGAUGUAAUUCCUACAGGGUUUCUAUUUCUCCCCGCUAUGAGGGAAAAUUGAAAAAUAUCUGGGAAUAUCUUCAGAAUCAGAGGGUGCGUGUUCACAGCCUUAAGUGGCCACCGAGUGUCAGGGAUGAACUUGAUUUUGGGAUUCCCAUGUCAGACAUAUUCUCUUCUAUCCAUUACAGAAAAGGUAUUGAAUUUGAGAUACUUUUUUUAGUGAAUGCGGUAAUGCACAAAGGCAUCUUUAACCAGUAUAGGAUGACUGGAAGUUUCUUUGAUCUACUAAGAAGCCAACCCAAGGAGGUAAAUUUGGCUGCACUGAAGCACAUCUGGUCCUCUAAAUGCCCAGUGUUUGACGCCUACAAGAGGUUGAAACUUGUCCAAGAAUGGAUUUUGAAGAAUCCCAAGGUACUUCAGAGACCCAAGCAGAUGAUCGAUAUUGUUGAGAUCAGACGGCUGGUGAUUACUCCCACAAAAGCAUAUUGUCUGCCACCGGAAGUUGAACUUUCCAAUAGGGUUCUUAGAAGAUAUAAUGAUGUGUCUGAUAGAUUUUUAAGGGUCACCUUUAUGGAUGAAGGUAUGCAGACGAUUAAUUUGAAUGUUCUGAACUAUUAUGUUGCCUCCAUAGUGAAGGACCUAACAUCAAAUUCUGCCCCCCAAAAAACGACGGUGUUCAAAAGAGUGAAGACUAUUCUGACUAAUGGGUUUAAUUUGUGUGGGCGAAAAUAUUCUUUUCUAGCCUUUUCAUCCAACCAAUUGAGGGACCGUUCUGCUUGGUUCUUUGCUGAAGACAAGAACAUAUCCGUCCAUAAUAUCACAAAUUGGAUGGGGAAGUUCACUGACCGAAACGUUGCCAAGUGUGCUGCAAGGAUGGGCCAGUGCUUCUCAUCUACCUAUGCUACAAUAGAAGUUCCAUCACUAGAGGUCAAUUUUGAGCUUAAAGAAAUCAAGAGAAAUGGAUAUGUCUUCUCUGAUGGUAUUGGUACUAUUUCACAUGAUCUUACAAUGGAAGUUGUGGAGAAACUCAAAUUGGACAUGAACAACCCACCCUCAGCUUUUCAGAUUAGAUACGCUGGCUGCAAAGGGGUUGUGGCUUGUUGGCCAUCAAAAGGUGAUGGAAUCAGACUGUCACUGAGGCCCAGCAUGAACAAAUUCACGUCUAACCAUGCUAUCUUGGAGAUUUGUUCUUGGACAAGAUUUCAGCCUGGUUUCCUGAACAGGCAGAUUGUUACCUUACUUUCAGCGCUAAAUGUUCCAGAUGAAGUGUUUUGGGACAUGAUGGAGUCUAUGAUUUUCAAAUUACACAAGAUGGUUGAGGACCCAGAUGUUGCAUUUGAGGUUCUCCUUGCAUCAUGUUCUGAACAAGGGAAUAGUGCGGCCAUAAUGUUGAGUGCAGGUUUUAAUCCUCUAACAGAACCUCAUCUGAGAGGCAUGUUGGCUUCAAUAAGAGCAGCACAGCUUUGGGGCCUCCGGGAGAAGGCAAGGAUUUUUGUUCCUUCUGGAAGGUGGUUGAUGGGCUGCUUGGAUGAACUGGCAGUACUAGAACAAGGCCAGUGUUUCAUCCAGGUCUCCAGUCCAUCACUACAAAAUUGCUUUUCGAAACAUGGUUCUAGGUUUUCUGAGAUCCAAAGAAAUCUAGAAGUGGUAAAAGGAUUUGUGGUGAUAGCGAAGAAUCCUUGUCUUCAUCCAGGGGAUAUAAGAAUUCUCGAAGCUGUUGAUGCCCCUGAUCUACAUCAUUUGUGUGAUUGCCUUGUUUUCCCCCAGAAAGGUGAUAGGCCCCACACAAAUGAAGCUUCUGGGAGCGACCUUGAUGGGGAUCUUUAUUUUGUCACCUGGGAUGAAAAUCUUGUUCCACCCAGCAAAAGAAGCUGGACUCCUAUGGAUUAUGAACCUGCAGAUACCAAAACUUUGACACACCCUGUCAGCCAUUCGGACAUAAUAGGAUUUUUUGCCAAGAACAUGGUACAUGAAAACUUGGGAGCAAUUUGCAAUGCCCAUGUGGUUCAUGCUGACAGGAGUGAGUAUGGAGCUUUGGACGAGAACUGCAUACUCUUGGCAGAAUUGGCAGCUAUAGCUGUCGAUUUUCCCAAGACUGGGAAACUUGUGACAAUGCCUUCUCAUUUAAAACCAAAAAUCUACCCAGAUUUUAUGGGAAAAGAGGAUUAUCGAUCAUAUAAAUCAAAUAAAAUUCUGGGAAGGUUGUAUCGACGCAUAAAAGAUGUCUAUAAUGAUGAUACUUCCAAUGCAGAUUUUGUUACCGGAGAUAUCCCUUAUGAUACUGAUUUGGAUAAACCCGGAUCUGCCGGUUUUCUUCUUGAUGCCUGGGCCCAGAAGUGUUUAUACGAUUGGCAGCUUACCAGUCUUCUUGGGCAGUAUAAAGUGAAAAGGGAAGAAGAGAUUGUAACAGGCCAUGUUUGGUCUAUGCCUAGAUACACCAGUAGGAAGGAAGGGGAGCUGAAGGAGAGGCUGAAACAUUCUUACAGUGUCUUGAAGAAAGAAUUCCGACAGAUUUUUGAGAACAUGCACCCAGAAUUUGAGCAACUCACUGAGGAUGAGAAGAAUAUUCUGUAUGAACAGAAGGCAUCAGCUUGGUACCAGGUUUGUUACCACCCCAAGUGGGUGGAUAAAUCUCGGGAAUUGCAAGAGCCUGUUUGUGCUGAAAAUCCCUUAAUGUUGAGUUUUGCAUGGAUUGCGGUUGAUUACCUUGCUCGAAUCAAGAUCAAAUCUCGUCAAAUGGGAGAUAUUGAUUCUACCAAGCCAGUCAACUCUCUAGCAAGGUAUCUUGCUGAUAGAAUAUGACAAGGACUUGAAGUCAUUACCCACAACCUUUAGGCUGCAAGACCACUCUGCCUUUAUAGAAGAAUAAGCUUCCAAGCAUUUUAUUAACAUGGUAUUUUCCGGAUUUUUCUUAUCAUAAUUAUAAAUGAAAAUUGGAGCUUUAAUACAGUCUACAAACUUUAUCAAGUUUCCUGCAUUUCCUACGGUCAUUUAUAUAGUUUAGGUUGGUUUGAUUGAGGACUACAGUGGUGGACUUGUUAGGAUUUAUGAAAAUCCAUCUUGUUUGGCCUGAUUUAUCAUAGUAACAGUAUAUGAUUCUGGAUAUAUAGCAAGGAUUAGCUA